AUGCAUCAGCAAGCUCGAGCGCCCCCGAGGCUCUCCUCGCCGGCCUCGUCACCCCAGACGAACCAGACUCGAACCAACAACCAGAGAGAUGCCGUGCUUGGAACCGCUCAGCGUGCUGGCUCCAACGUGGCGGCGAGGGACCUCAUGAGCUCUCCGACGGCCGAGCAGGCCUUCUCUCCCGGGCCUCCUGCUGAAUCAAUCAAGAAGCUAGAUCAAAUCGUUCAAAACUUCUACGCCAAGGCUGCCAUACUCGUCCUCGAUGCGCGCAUGAAGGUCAAGAUCACCCGCAACGCCAACGGCUUACGAAAGACGAACAAAUGGUACCAAAUCGAAACCGACGAGAUCGACGACUUUAGAGAUGAGCUCAAGAUAUGGAAGACGUGCGGCAGCCUCGACAGUCGUCCUCCCCCGAUGGUCAUCGAGGUCUACCUGGAUACCUCGCGACUCAAGGAAAACCAGAGCCUCGUCAUCCUCGACGAUGACGGCAAACGGUGGGACGUCAUGGAACAGCUCAAUGCUACGGGGUCGUCCAGCGGCAGCAACUCGCCCGGCCCCGGGGGCAAGAACGCAGAGGUGAUUUUGGAGAGAUGGCGAGUCGAGCUGAAGACGACCAUUGAUAGUGCCAGCCCCGCAGACGACUUCGGCCCUAUCUUGCCCACCGUAUAUAAAAAGGCCAUCGUCUUCUUCAGGACCCUAUUCGUCACCACCCGUUUACUGCCCGCAUGGAAGUUUGCCAGCCAUAGUGCGGCAAAGAGCUCUCACCCGGCUCUGAUACCUCGCUGCCGAAUCCGCACAUCCGAGCCAGACCGAUCGAGUCCCGACCCGCUGAGGCAAUCCAUCGAUGGGCGCACGGAUCCGGUAACAGAGUACAUGUUUGGGGAUCUCGAUGUGCCCGUCGGCCGUCUGAGUGCUUCCGUCACUUAUCGAAAUGACUGCACCUUCCGCAUCGACGAUUCAGAGUCUCUGCUCAGCUCCCGCUUCAUGGGAGUCGACGAGAACUUCUUCAAGCCGUCCCUGCCGCCGUACGGAGAGAGGCAGCAUACGAGCUCCCCUCCGGCGUCGUUUCCCACCAAUCCAGGCAUUGACUGCCCCAACUCGUUGCCCGUGUCGGGCCGUCCGUCUUCCUCCAGAGCUCCUGCGCGGCUUGCAGAUCUUUCUACCAGGAGGACAAACCGCUCCUCCCUGACAGCUGGAAUGCCCGCUUCGCUACGCGGCGGGCCACCCGCGAGCACGCCUGAUGCGCCCGCGGUCGGGUCACCUCGUCCGGCAUCGACCAGCCGAUACAGCAGCAGCUUUUCCCACCGCCGCGGACGCCCGUCCGGAAGCGGCGCCAGCAAAGGCGGCGAUGAGGAACAGUCGAGCAGCGGCCGCCAGAAGGAAGAUGACAUUUCGGAUUUCCUAAAGGCCCUUGAUAGCAAGAAGACUCUCAAGAGCUUUGAGCCGGCGAAGAGGGGGGAAUCUGCCACCAACAGGACCAUCGCCCAACUGUCCAAGUUCCACCUUAUGAGAGACUCAAACAACGCGCUCGGAGACUCGAUGACGUCGUCGAUGCAGAUGCACCGCUCUUCGAGCUCCUCCAGCCGCCAGCUGACGAGCGUGCCCGGAAUGGUGGCGCCGGCAUCCGUCUCGACGUCGACUUCUCCCGGCAAGCCGGUGUCGCCGCACACGCCGCACACUCCCGCCAUUCCUUCUAGACUCAGCGAGAAUUCCAUCAUUGACUACAGCACGACUGGCAGAGUCGUCUCCAGGGGCGGCCGUCGGCAGGUGUCGACAGUGCCGGAACCAAGCAGGGAGAGCACCAUAACCCAGGAGGGCACCACGGCCAUCGACAUCCCCCUCUCGCCACGCUUAGGAUCAUACCAACGGCGCUCGAGCUCAGUGGCUCAGCAGAGCCGAGCCAUGAUUGACGACGACGAUGCCGAUUUAGCAUUCGCGGCACAUCGAAGUAUCAGCCUGGGCGCCGACGACCGGGAACCGCCGACAAUGAGUACUUUGCUUGGAAGGCAAAUGCAGAUGGAUAGGAGGCCGUCGACGCGCGACAGCCCCCAGAGCAGCCUUCAGCCGGCGGCGGAAAUCCAGCCCUCGGAUUCGGCAGAGGUGAUGCAGCGAGAGUCGACCGAGGGCAACCCACCGGAUGGGCUCAUGCCUUCUGUGCAGUCAAGCUCGCCGUUCCCGCGACGCCGUUAUGCGGGCAUGGCGGCAGCGGCGGCGGCGAUGAGGCCGACGCCGCCGCAAUCAUCACGGGGUAGUUUCACGGGCUCGGUGAGCAGGCUGGGGCGAGCGGACGAUGAGUCGGUCAGCGGCGAGCCGCUGAUGUUUGAUCUGUCAGAGAUGGACGCUCACGGCAGACGAAGCCUGGAAGAAACUAGGGGCGGGGGCAACGCAAACCCGGAACGAAGUGGAUUCGAGCCUCGCGGGACGACGCGGCGAGGAUGGUAG